UCCUCCCCCGCCUCCCACCUUGCUUGUGUCAAAGAUCCUGAGUGAACCUGAAGAAGUUCAAAAUGCCUGAGACGGAUUGUUAAUACUGCUUUGCAGGAAAACAGGGGGAAAAUAGCCACCCCAGGGAAUUUAAAAUUGUUGAAACAGGAUUUGCUGGUGGGGAACGCUGUGGGAAUAAUCAUGCUUCACAGAAGAACAGCACCGAUCUCCAGUUACUCUAAAUACAACCUCAUCCGCUAGGGCUCCAGGAAAAAAAAUAAUUAUAGGAAUCGUACUUGUGAAAAAGCAAUGAUUGCUUUGGACGUUGCGCUUUACCAUCCUCCCUGCACUCUCUGAAGUGAAUCUCUUCUCUUUGAAUUUGCACCGCUUCAAGACCCAAGAGUGACACACACAUUUUUAUAGCCAAAUCGGAUUUUUUUUUAAUCAUUUCCCUCAUUUGCUCCCCCGACCCCUAUUCUUCUCAUGUGGAUAUGCAAGCAAAAAGAGAAGUCUGGAUAGUCCCAACAUGCUCGCUCCUUUAAUCUGCCCGUCUAGAGGUUCUGCUUCUACAAACCAAGGGAGUGUAAGAGCUGAAGAUGAGGCCCAGGGUGGAGUGUCAUUCUCCAAAGUUUUGGCUGGUACUGGCUGUCCUAGCCACGACGGGUGGUGGGGCCCGUGCCCAGAAGAGCCACCCCAGUAUCGGCGUUGCUGUCAUCCUGGUGGGGACCUCAGACGAAGUGGCCAUCAAGGAUGCCCACGAGAAAGAUGACUUCCACCACCUCUCAGUGGUGCCCCGAGUGGAACUGGUGGCCAUGAAUGAGACAGAUCCCAAGAGCAUCAUCACUCGCAUCUGUGACCUCAUGUCAGACCGGAAGGUUCAAGGUGUGGUGUUUGCUGAUGACACAGACCAGGAAGCCAUUGCUCAGAUCCUGGACUUCAUUUCUGCCCAGACUCUCACGCCCAUCCUUGGCAUCCACGGAGGCUCCUCCAUGAUCAUGGCAGACAAGGAUGAGUCAUCCAUGUUCUUCCAGUUUGGCCCAUCAAUAGAACAGCAAGCCUCUGUCAUGCUCAACAUCAUGGAAGAAUAUGAUUGGUACAUCUUCUCCAUUGUCACUACCUACUUCCCUGGCUACCAGGACUUCGUCAACAAGAUCCGCAGCACCAUUGAGAACAGCUUCGUGGGCUGGGAGCUGGAGGAGGUCCUCUUGCUGGACAUGUCCCUGGAUGAUGGAGACUCAAAGAUCCAAAACCAGCUCAAGAAGCUCCAGAGCCCUGUUAUACUCCUUUACUGCACCAAGGAAGAGGCCACCUACAUCUUUGAGGUGGCCAACUCUGUGGGUCUGACAGGCUAUGCUUACACAUGGAUCGUGCCCAGCCUGGUGGCAGGGGAUACAGACACAGUGCCAUCUGAGUUCCCCACUGGCCUCAUCUCUGUGUCAUACGAUGAGUGGGACUAUGGCCUUCCUGCCAGGGUAAGGGAUGGGAUAGCCAUAAUCACCACGGCUGCUUCUGACAUGCUGUCUGAGCACAGCUUCAUCCCUGAGCCCAAGAGCAGCUGUUACAACACCCAGGAGAAACGAAUCUACCAGUCCAACAUGCUGAACAGGUACCUGAUUAAUGUCACCUUUGAAGGGAGGAAUUUGUCCUUCAGUGAAGACGGCUACCAGAUGCACCCCAAGCUGGUGAUCAUCCUUCUGACCAAGGAGAGGAAAUGGGAGAGGGUGGGGAAAUGGAAAGACAAGAGCCUCCAGAUGAAGUAUUAUGUGUGGCCCCGCUUUGAGCUGUACCCUGAUUCUGAGGAGCGUGAGGAUGACCAUCUGAGUAUUGUGACCCUAGAGGAGGCGCCAUUUGUCAUUGUGGAGAGUGUGGACCCACUAAGUGGCACCUGCAUGAGGAAUACGGUCCCCUGCCAAAAACGCGUCGUGACCGAGAACAAGACGGAUGAGGAGCCUGAUUACGUCAAGAAAUGCUGCAAGGGGUUCUGCAUUGACAUCCUCAAGAAAAUCUCCAAGUCUGUUAAGUUUACCUAUGACCUCUACCUGGUGACCAAUGGCAAGCAUGGGAAGAAGAUCAAUGGGACAUGGAAUGGAAUGAUUGGGGAGGUGGUCACCAAGCGAGCCUACAUGGCAGUGGGAUCCCUCACCAUAAAUGAGGAGCGUUCAGAGGUGGUGGACUUCUCUGUGCCCUUCAUCGAGACAGGAAUUAGUGUCAUGGUAUCACGUAGCAAUGGGACUGUCUCACCUUCUGCCUUCCUCGAACCAUUCAGUGCUGACGUAUGGGUGAUGAUGUUUGUCAUGCUGCUCAUAAUCUCUGCAGUGGCUGUCUUCGUCUUUGAGUACUUCAGCCCUGUGGGUUACAAUCGGUGCCUUGCUGAUGGCAGAGAGCCAGGUGGACCCUCUUUCACCAUUGGCAAAGCUAUCUGGUUGCUGUGGGGUCUGGUGUUUAACAACUCCGUGCCAGUGCAGAAUCCCAAAGGUACCACUAGCAAGAUCAUGGUGUCUGUGUGGGCCUUCUUUGCUGUCAUCUUCCUGGCCAGUUAUACUGCCAACCUGGCUGCCUUCAUGAUCCAAGAGGAGUACGUGGACCAAGUGUCUGGACUGAGCGACAAAAAGUUCCAGAAACCUAACGACUUCUCACCCCCUUUCCGCUUUGGGACGGUUCCCAAUGGCAGCACAGAGAGGAACAUUCGCAACAACUACCCUGAAAUGCAUAGCUACAUGGUGAAGUUCAACCAGAGAGGGGUGGACGAUGCCCUAUUCUCGCUGAAGACUGGGAAAUUGGAUGCAUUCAUUUAUGAUGCAGCAGUGCUAAACUACAUGGCUGGCAGAGAUGAAGGCUGCAAGCUGGUAACAAUUGGUAGUGGGAAGGUUUUUGCCUCCACUGGCUAUGGCAUUGCCAUCCAAAAGGACUCGGGCUGGAAACGUCAGGUAGAUCUUGCCAUUCUACAACUUUUUGGUGAUGGGGAGAUGGAAGAGCUGGAAGCUCUCUGGCUUACUGGAAUUUGUCACAAUGAAAAGAAUGAGGUAAUGAGCAGCCAGCUGGACAUAGAUAACAUGGCAGGCGUCUUCUAUAUGCUGGGGGCAGCCAUGGCCCUCAGCCUUAUCACCUUCAUCUGUGAGCAUCUCUUCUACUGGCAAUUCCGCCACUGCUUCAUAGGCGUCUGCUCUGGCAAGCCUGGUAUGGUCUUCUCCAUCAGCAGGCUCUGAUGUGUGUCCUGGUAAAUUCACCCAUGUCUGGCAGCUGUGGUGCUGCUCUUGCUGUCCUGCUUUGCCCCAGGUCUGACUUCCUUGGAGAGGACCCUGGAGGACCUGCUCUGCCUCACAGAUCAGGUUAGAAAGCAGAUUCCUCUUUGGGGUGGCUGGAAUAUAGCAACAGAAAUUCAUUCCACAUGCUAAUUCAGUUUUGUGCUGAAGCCAAUGUGCCAUGUUUCCACACGAGUGUGCCACAUGCAUUGCAUCCUUGGGCCUUACCUGGCAGAUGGAGAAGGAAGACAUCCCCUCGCAGCACAGUACAGUGUUCAGGAAAUGCCUGGUAAAGCAGAAGGGGGAUGCACUUGUCUCAUGACUGGAGUGGGAUGCACCUUUGCUUUCUUGCUUCCUUGGUGCACUUUCAGCAUGGAAGCACUAACCCUAUUUUCAUUCUUGCAUAAGUAUGGAGGGGAGAGCUAUGCUGCGAUAGAUUUGAUCUCAGGUAUCCUGUUUUCGUUUUGCAAGUGUAAGUGUUCAUUGAAGGGCCUGGAAAAGCAGCGCACCUGGUGACCUGAGUUGGGAAUUGAGUUCACCUUCCCCUAGCUCUGUAGCAUUGUGGGGGAGAAGAGGAGACAGUGAGCUCUAUGGGGAGGCAGCAGAUGACCUUUCUGCAUCUUCUCCUUCCCAUCCCAAGGAGAUAUCAACAAACUGGUGGCAUCCCAGCAGAGGGGAAUCAGUUGGGAGUCCCCUCUGGAGCCAGCCAGUUCUGCACUUUAACUGGCCAUUUUGUACAACACAAAGAUCUCUUCUGCCAAUAGUUGGAAAAGAACACCAGGACUUGAUAAGCGGCCACUGCGAUCAAACAGCCGAGGAAGGAACAACGUCCUCUGGCUGUUGCUUCUUGUCAUUUAUGCCACUUGUUUCCAUUAAACCGACUCAUUAUGUUCCAGUCUCUUGGCCACUUAGACAUAUUUUUACAUAUUUAUGAGGCCUUGGGUGGCUUCUUAUUUCAAAGCAUACCCAUCAACAUCCUCUGCUUUCUUCUGCAGGCAUUCACUGGUUCCUCUCCAGCAAUAUCCUGUGCGCUGCCAGGUUUUGCUUUCAAGGAGGAGAAAAGCUUUGUGGGGUGUUUUUUUGUUUGUUUUUCAAUUCUUAAAAGGCUGGGUACCUAAAACCAGUCAGAAUCCUCAUGAGAUACUGUAGGAACGGACCUCGCCACUGAACACAUGUGGCAAUAAGAGGGAUUCAAAGGGGAAGUGGCUAGCUUUGGAGUUCUGCUGCCACUGGUGGCUUUUCUUAUCCUUGGAGCGGGAUCUCUCUUUUCACAUCUGCUCAGAAUACAGCAAGUGGCUCUUUUUCUCUCUCCAUUUUCAACAUUUUUAGGGGGGAAAUUUUGUAAAGUCAUUUUGGCGGGAGAAAGGGAGCCUUUUUUCAGCAAUAUGAUGUUUUGAGACCUCAGUUCUGUGUAUGCAGUCAGCUGUGUUUGGGCUUUUUCCUUUGCAAAUGCUUUUGUUGCCAGGACAAUCUUGAGACAUCUCUUUGCCAGUGACCGAAGCACCAUCUAUAAUUUGGAGAUUGGGGCUGCUACAGAGAAAAGGCUUCAGCCUCUCUGACAGUAACUUCUAACUAACUUCUACCUGGAUUCUCAGAGGUGGGAAUGUUUAAUCAUUGCACAGGUUUUUUUUUCACACUCUCUUUUUCUUUUUUCCUUCUAAAGUUUUACUACAGAAUUCUAGAACAGUGGCCCCAAAUGUUGUCAUCACCCUGGGGUGGGUUGCAGUGUUGUGUAAUAAGAGCCCUCUCUCUCCACUGUAUGUUUUCACUAGUUUCCUUGCUAUCUCAGUCCCCACCCACUGGGCAUAACUCAUUCUUGGCCGUGGAAGUGUGGACUUUGAUUUAGAUACAGCUCACCCAACCAGUGUACCCAUUUAGACCAGACCUCUCCUUGGAAUCCCUGAAUAGUAAGUAUCUAGACCAGACCAGGCUCCAGCUGUCAUGAUUACAUAGGGUACCACUGCUGCUGUUCUCUCUGACAUGGAGUGAUGGACAUUCCUGGGGCUCUUUCAGGAGGAGUCUUUGUGAUCUUUUCCUGGGCAAUAGGCAAUAAAUGGUGUGUUAGAGCUGAGUUGGUAGUGAUCAGUAGGGGAGGGGAGGCCGGCGUGCGCAUGAGAUUCUGUAGCUCAGAUACAAGUGUGUCGCAAUCUCUGUUGAAAUACAGUGGAACAAUACAAUAGAGGUUCUACUCACAGACCGGCCCUCCGUUGCCACUGAUCUCACCGUAUGGAUGCUCCAAGGGUGACUACUCCUCGAUGAUGAGGGGAAGGGCAGCAGGGAAAAGAGAGGUGGAGGUUUCUCCCUUGGGCUGGCAGUGAUAAUUCCUUUAGAUCAUGCUCUUGGGUGGGAACAAUGCUAAAAAAGCUGUGGAGGGCAGAUUUGAAAACAUGAGGGGAGAUUGAGCAAGGUGGAGUGAGCCAGCUCCUGGUUGGAACAGCCUAAACUAUCUUUUCAGUAAUUCUUUCUCUCCCUCCUUGCACAAUCCUCAUUGCUGCCUCCCCCCACUUAUAGAAACAAAAGGGACUGGACCUGGGUCCUGAGAAAUAAGAUCCAGAGAGGGGAUCUAAUAACUCCCAUGCCCACUUCUGUCUUUUUCCUGCAGCCCUGUGCUGUUCAUGGGUGGCUAGGGCUGGCCUUUGACUCAGACAGUGCCCUCCUGGGCCAACCAGAAUCUAGCAGUGCCCACAGUAGAGCAACUGGGGAGAAAUAUGGGGCCUGACCAACACUCUCCCUAUGCACCAUUGUGACAUGUGAGAGAAAUCGCAGCAUGUGGAUGUGAGCAUCCGGGGCGUAGGAGCAGCGGGGUGUUCUUGGCUUGGGAUAUCCUGCCCUCAUGGGUAUGUGGGAACCCAAGUGUGUUGACAUUCAGGAGAUGGUGUCAGGCUCCUUUAUGCUUUCCAGGCUUUUGGCUGAAACAAAAUAGUGACUGGGAAAAUUCUAGUUUCUUCUGGGGUUAGGGGAGGGACACUAUUUAGGGCUGACACUGGUCAGCAUCUUAUGUAUUUUACUUUUAAAUAAUGUAAAUUUGCCCAGAGAAUGUUGGAUGAGCUCAGUCUAUAGAUCAAAAGAGAAAUAAAUAUUCACCUAUAGCGAUGGUUUUCAACCUGGGGUCUGCAGACCAUGUCUAAGAUUUCCAAAGGGGCCCACACCUCCAUUCGAAAUUUUUUAGGGGUCCGCAAAUGAAGAAAAGGGUGAAAACCACUGUUCUGCAGUGUAAUUCCCCUAUUGCCCCACUGUCCCUCCUUCACUUCUCCUGAGCUCAUGGUUUCUCUGGGUGGGCUCUGACACCUACCAGGCCUUCCUUUAGAGCAAACAUUUCCUUCCUCCUUGCGUGAACUUCUGGACCUAAAUAUUGCCUCCUCCUCACUUUUUUUCACAUACACAUGCUCAACCCCUGGCCCCUCCACUUGUGAGAACCAGAGCCACAGAGGCAGGAGUGCCAAAUGACUAUUUAUUUCUCAAAAUAAAAUUAAAAAAAAGAGUUUUUUAAAAAUAUGCAAUUGUGCAAAGGGAACCGACAGCAAGAUGAUGGUGGCAGAGAGGAAACGGGAUGUUUUGUAACUAGCUGCAGUAAAAAAACAAAAAACAAAAACAAAAAACAUCAAAAAUAUUGAAAAAAAGAAAAAAGGGAAAAAAAUCUUGGCCUAUUUUGGAAAUAUUGUGAAUAAUUUUUUGAUAUAAAUACUAAUUUUUAUGUAGCAUGAAAAUCACCAAAAUAAAAUGAUCAAGAAUAAAAGUUGUGCAGAGGUAUUUUGUGUUUGUUGUUUUGGAGGGAAAUGAAGAGGUAGGAGAGGAGUGGGGUGUGCAUGUGUGAGAGAGAGAGUGAAAGAGAGAAGGAGGCAGUGUUAUCAGAUCUUGUGAUUUCAUCUCAAGUUUUUCAAUAGUGGUGUUUUUCAUAAAGCCCCAGUUCCUGGAGUCCUAUGAUUAUGCGAGAAUCUCCACUUUCAUUUUUUUAAAUAAUAAGUUUUUAGCCUUCAUUGUUGAAGAGAAAAGAAUGGCCCAGAAAGUCUCAGAAGUCAAAAAAGAAAUAUAAAAUACCCAACAUUUAUGAUUUUUGAGCAGCUGAAGUUGGCAGUACUAGUGAAGGCUGUACGGAGCAGGGAGGCCAGGGGUAUGAAGAUUAUAUUCACACAUACGUCGUUAAUUUUGUCAUAUGUUGGACAAGCCUCCUUGUAAUUAACUUGACCUCCUCUUUUCUGCCCCUGCCCACUGAGAAAUGAGGCACUGAUCCAUCCGAGGACACAUAGGCACUGCCUCUCUGGUCCCCUUUGUAGAAACUUUACAUUUGUUUCCAAUUCUUCCUCCCUUCCAAAGGAAAUGUGCUUCCUCUCCAAAGCCUGAAGAAAACUAGAUGUUGGGCCCUCAGCUCCUUUAGGAAAAUUGGAAUAACUCCCCAAACAUCAUGAAGAAAUUGUGGUGUUAGAAUCCUGACCCUCCUCCCUAGAAGAAAUGUGCACCCCAAAAGCAAAUAUAGCACUGCCACCUUAAAGGGAAAAAAGUGUUGACUCCCUGAAUGCUCAUGAGAAAAAGGAAGAGUGACCCCUUGAAUUUCCAGAGGAAAGGAGGUGCUGCGUCCCUCCAUCAUCUCCUCAAAGAACAUGAUGUUUGUUCCCCUGCAGAAAUCUGAGUGUAAAUCAGAGACUCGAGAUGCUGCUCCUGAGCUUACCUUCCAGGCUAAUUGUGCAUCAGCAGAGAUGUAACCAUCUCCCCUUCUCCCAGGGGAAUGGUGAUACUGGGCUUAGGCAAACACAGCACUUGCUGCAUUGAAAAUAUACCGCAAUUUUUCACUUUAUGGGCCUGAAUAAAUGUAUUCUUCUGCCCUAUUAACUUCAUCUUUCCAUCCUCAUAUACAUUCUCCCAGACUCCAGCCACUGGAAUAGUGACUCACCAGCUAUCAGCCAGCCUUCAUUGCCACCAGCCUGUCCCAUCCCCCUUGCCCAAAAAACCUCCAGAAAGACAGCUGAUCCCCUGGCUGGAAUAACAGUGGAUCUUUGGGAUUUGGGCCCAGCUGCUUGUAGAGAGACAUAGCAUGGGUUAAACUCCUCCUUCCUGAUAAAGUUCCAGUUGUUGGCAUUUGUUUUUCUUUGAGGCUGCUCCUCCAAUAUGUGUCUUCUCCACACAACGCACAGUCAACCUGUGGAACUCAUUGCCCAGGGAAGUUGUGAAGGCCAAAAGUAUAACUGAGUUCAAAAAAGAAUUAAAUAAGUUCAUGGAGGACAAGUCCUUCAAUGGCUAUUAGCCAAGAUGGUCAGGGAUGCGACCCCAUGCUCUGGGUAUCCCUAAACCUCUGACUGCUACAAGCUGGGACUGGGCGAUGGGAUGGAUCACUUGAUGAUUGCCUGUUCUGUUAAUUCCCACUGAAGCACCUGGCAUUGGCCACUGUCGAAAACAGGAUACCGGGCUAGCUGGACCAUUGGUCUGAUGCAGUAUGACUAUUCUUAUGUUUUAUAUUCUUAAGUGUCUGGCUGGUUACCCCUGGUACCUCACCUCCAAUUGCUCUCUGGUCAGUUUUACCGGCAGUUCUUCCUCCCUCUGAGGAGUGUUGUACCUCUGUGGUCUCGCUGUUGCUAGGAGAGAGAGGGGAAGGGGAUUAUUCCUGCCUUCUCAUCCUGGUACAAUUCACACACUUAUAAAAAUAAUUUAUACUGAUCAGCCAUCACUAGCCUUUCCUGCAGCUUCAGAAUGUUGCCCCUCCCCCGCAAACCCUGGUGUGGUAGCACCCCUUCUUACCAGGGGAUCCGCAUCCUAUUUUUGUUACAAAUGCUAGUUGGUUCUUGGGUUGUAUUUAGGGGCUGCAUCCACACCUUGGGACUUGAGGAUAGUGAAAGGAAACAUGCAAAAUAUUAUCCUUGGCUUGGAAAAUUCCCACCAAAGGUUCCCUGUGAUUGUCACUCUAGCUUAAUACAUCGAUGGGCCCUCCUUGGCAGGGUUGUGGAAGAAGAGGGGAACCAGGGCGAGAUGUUAAUGUCACUUUAGAUGGAUUCUGGGCAAGCAUGUUGUGUGUGGUCACCAGUUAGAGAAAAUGGUGUAGGGUGAGAGGAGCACUUACCCAGAUCACCCAUGAUGGCAGAUGAGGACUUGUCGCUCUGUGAUUCCUGCCACCUUUCCAUCCCACAUAGUCUGAGAGGCGAUCACCUCUUCCCCUUGGCAGCAUGUGCCAGUUGACUGCCUGUGGGUUGAGAGAGGCCAGGGGAGAGGGCUAUGGCGGGAAUAGGUAGGAAAAGAAGCAUAAAGAAAGUGCAUGGAGAGCUCUUCACUAUCAAAAAGGCAUUCUGUGGUUCAUUCCCAGUGACUGCCUGCCUCCCAGCAAAAGGGCUGCUGCCAGGAGGAGGCAGUAAAGUUUCUCACUAAUGUCUCAGUAGUGUCCAUAGUCCUGCACAAUGAGAAACACUUCUCUCCACAAGCAGGUUUGUAGCCCAGUGUGUGUGCAAAGGAGGGACAGCUAUCUCCAACGUGACAGGAGGCGUAAAAACUCAAGUGGAAUCCUGUGUCUACAUGGAAUAAAGUUUUAAUCCAGCCCCAGGGAAAAAGAGGGGAAUCAGCCUAGAGAAGCCCUUUGGGCAAGAUGCUGAAAUCUUGACUUCCACGGGUGACAUUUCAGAUCCCAAAGGCAGGGUCUUUGGCCGUUCUCUUGGUCUGCCUGCAAGUUUAACACAGAGACACUUGCCAUGGCCAGAGUUCAGCCCCUGCCCCCUCUUGCUUUCGCAUCAUUGGAAAGGAUAGCAACACGGGGAUGGGAGAGGACACAUGCCGGGCUAGGACAGCCUCAAACCCACCAAGCCAAUCUUCCCCUAGGCUGGUUGGGCUGGCUAACAGAAGCAUCAGCUUUGCCAGCAGCAAUUAACUGGAUUCUUUUUCCCUCACCUUACACUGGGAGGAGCGUACUCCUGAAAAUAUCCUUUCAUGCACCUUGUCUCCCCACACCAGUGCCCAGAUUCCAGAAUUUUUAUGGAGGAAGUUGAUCCAGGCCACCAGGAUGCCAUAUUCCUUUUCAGGAUACACAUAUGGAGGGGCUAAAAAUCAUGGGGUUUUGAACAGUCCUGUCCCCCAGAUAUCCUUUGUGGACUGUCUAUUGAUUAUUUGUUAAUGUAGACUAUUCAGCCGGCAGAGACUGGCUUAUCAAUUUGGCUUUGCAUUAGAAACAUAUAGAAUUGGCUACUGAAGAGCUGCCUGUAAGAUGAUAUUCUUCCUUAGACUGCUGGGGCUCUGUAAUUUGGUCUUGCCUCUCACCCAUGAAUGGCCCCAGGACUCCUACUUGGACUACCAAGGCUGAGGGUCUUUUUUUUUUUUUUUUGAACUAUUGGAGCUCUUCCACGUAGGCUGACAUCCCUUCAGAAGAUGAAUCAGAGUAUGCUAUUUCAUAAGAGAAACUCAAGACUUCUUCAGCUACGUGAGCUCACUCUUGUCAUAUCCAGACAAAGACAGCAGCAUCCCGUUCUGGACCAAAGAGUACUUGCUAUAGUGGACUGACCACUUCUCUCAGCUUUCUAGCCACUGUAUCAGAGCAUCUGCUUGGGGAAUACCCUUUCAGCUUCGUUACCCACACUCUCAUUCCAGCUUUCUUAUGGCUUUCCAUGCACUAUCUUGGCUGUCAAGUACGCAGCCUCCCCCUUCUUUCUAUUCCACAAGGAAGGGCUUCAUGGGAUGCUUUCUUACCUAAGAUGUUAGAUUAAAAACCAAGAGGCUUUUGGAAACUGUCUCUGCUACUCUCUGAUUAGUGUUCUUGCUGAAGAGGCAAGAGACAGGCCUGGCUACCAAAGCCGCCAUCGGAAAGUUAAGCACUGAGUAAGUGAUUGCCCUUCAGCAGCAACUCAUGGUCUUUCAAUUAGCAGAGGAGGACACUCUCUGGAAUGUUAAGUAACAUUCUGUGGGCGAUUGCCUCUCUCUCAUGGCAUGUGCAGAGGAAUUUUAAAUUGUUUCAGGGCUUUUUCAGAGAGAAAUUUCUUGACCAGGUUUUCUGUCACUCACUUGAAACUCAGGCAAACUUUCCUCACAGCGUGUGAACAAUGAAAUUGCUUGUCAGUGGUAACAUGAGGCAGGUUUUUGGCUGGCACACUCAACCUGGAGGUGUCUGUGGUUCCAAUCCCAAGUUUAAGGACCAGUGUUGUGGACGUUGUUACUCUCUCAGUACAGUGGUGGGUGUUAACGACGGGCCAACUUCCAAAGGCUCCUCAGAGGUUUGGCUAAGCAGCACCCAGAAGUUUGGAUGCUCAUAAUAGGCCUGAGCUUUUUCUGAAAAAUCUCCCCCCAUUGCUGCAAUAGCAAUGCAGCUCCCCCAAGGCUAAGAACAAUGGAAGGGCUAGUACAGGUUAGCCAGUGGUGUUUUGAGCACCUACACCAUCUCUGGGCAGGGUUAAUGGCAGGUAAGAAUGCUGCCAGCAGCCUACCCCACUCCACUGGUGCUAGCAUGAGGGGAGCUGCAUGGUUAGCUCGGUGACAGUGGGAGAUACUUAGAAGAAAGCUCAGUGUAGCUGCAGCCUCGAGGGUAGUAGGAGCGGGAAGAAUGUCCCUAGGACUCAGUCAAGCAUGUCUAGGGUCUAAUCUGGCCCCUGUCAUUUCACUCCUUUGCCUUGUUAGCCCUCUUUUACAGGUAGGAAACCAAAGCAUGCCUCUGGGGAGUGUCAUGAAGAUCAGUUACUUAAUGUUUGCACUGGGUUUCGAAGAGGUGGGGAGAAGAAGAUAUUCAAAAGCACCGGUGGAACUCAUGACAGAACAAGCCUUCUUGGAAGAUUUCCAGGAUACCCUUGUUCUGAUCAGGCUGGCAAUACUAACAGAGCAGCCUAUCCCUCAAGAGUAUUGUUGGCCUGCCAUUACUGGCUGAAACAAGGAAACGUAGAGGCAACUUCAGGCAUGGGAAGAAGUGAGGAGCAGGGGAAUCAAAUGUCAUCAGACUUCAGCAGAGAUUUGAGGCUCAUGUUUGGGACAAGCAGUAGCUGAAGAUUCAGAUCAAAUAAUUAUUUUAUUUAAAAUGUUGCCAUCCCUCCUAAUCAUGCUGUUUAUAAUUAUUUAUGGAUAUAAAGUCAUUAUCAAUACCAUUUUUUAUUAAUCAGGAAUGUGCCAGGUGUGUGCUAGGUGCUUUCUAAGCAGGUGUGUAAAACGGCUACAAUUUUCAAAAGCACCCUAACUCCCAUUUUCAAAAGUGACUUAGGCACAUUUGAAAAUAUUAUCCAAAGUCCCUACUUCAAGAGCUCUCAAUCUUGAUGUUAAGCCUAAAUAUGCAUAUAUUAGCAUUUAUGUUAACAAGUAAAUUGACAGAUGCCAUAAGUUAACAUACAUUAUGCAAAUGUUUUAAAAUCUUGCUCUGUACACAUUUACGUACCAUGUACUUACUGAUAAAUGAGAUGUACAAAUUACAAGGAAAGCAAUCACAGGUCCCUUACAGAGUGUAAACUAGGUGAACUUUGUGUCGUGCAGUGUUAGCUGUGGGUAAAUCAGAAGGGGGCAGGAAAUCCAACUGUUUCCAAUAAAAAACCUAAAUGACGGCCUCCAUACUUUGGCAAUGGCAGGUCAGGAAUCAGUGUCAGAUGGAGGAAUCGCAUCCGGGGCAGAACAACACGUAGUUAGAAAUCACCUCUCCCAGCACUGAAUAUGAGUCAGAUGUUUAGUUUUGUAAUGCAGUGGGAAGAUCUGGUUUAGAUAAAUUAGGAAUCAGCUUUAAUGGUCACCUGAAACAUAAACGGUCAGCCUGAACUCGGCUGGAGGUUUGAAAAUAAUAAUACUAUUAAUUACAAUGUUUAGUACUCACAUGACCCUUU